UUAGAUCCCUAAGUUUUACUGCGGUAAAAGGUCAUAGCUAAAGGGUGUGUAAAUCCCAACAAGUACUGAUAGUGAAACCCACAAACCAAUCGACCAGAAGUUGCUAAACCUUGAGCGCUAGUGGGAGAGAUGAGUUCUACAACAUCGAGUCGCAAAGAAACGGAAAGGACCAAGUUAAUACAGGAAAAAUGUCAGACUCUUCUAACACAAAUGCUUAGGGAUGAGGACAACAAAUACUGUGUGGAUUGUGAUGCAAAGGGACCACGAUGGGCAUCAUGGAAUUUAGGCGUUUUUCUCUGCAUUCGUUGUGCUGGCAUACAUCGCAAUCUUGGCGUACACAUAUCACGUGUCAAAUCUGUCAAUCUGGACACAUGGACACCCGAACAGGUUAUAUCACUACAGCAGAUGGGCAAUUCCCGUGCUAGAGCAGUGUAUGAGGCACAAUUGCCCGAUGGCUUUAGAAGGCCACAGACUGAUACUGCCUUGGAAUCUUUUAUACGUGCCAAAUAUGAGCAUAAGAAGUACUUGGCCCGCGAAUGGGUACCACCAUCGCCGCCAAAAGUCGAUUGGGCCAAGGAAAUUGACGAGGAAUUAGAAAGGCAAAAGCGCAAAAAGAAAGCGGCACAGGCCAAUACUUCAUUGGGUAUUGGCGUCCUAAGCGGUUCGGCAAAUAUACAAAACGACAAGAAGUCCUCGAUAUCUGGUAUGGCAAAGUCAUCGCCCUUGCCAGCACCAUUGCCAAAACCGAAGCCAGGACAAAGUGGAAGUAGCCCCAAAAUACAGCGUGUUUCAACUAGUUCUGCGGCUGCUGCGGAUAGCAAUCAUAGCAAUGAUUUAUUGGGUUUGGCAUCGCCCACAAAACCAGUGCAAAAUUCGUUAACAGGUCAAGCGUCGUCCUCCUCGAAUAUAAGUGAUUUACAAAACGAUAGCUUCAGUUGUUUCUUAAGUGCUACGCCGGUAAACAGCGAUACUCAGCUUCAGCAGCAACAGCAGCAGCAACAUUCAAACAAUAUAAAUGCUUCACAAAACUCUUUGGCCAAAGAGGAAGAAGACUUUUUCAAUCAGGGUUCUCUGAAUAGUGGAACAGAUAAGGACAAAUCGGGAAAAUUGACCAAGGAUAGCAUAUUGGCAUUGUAUGGACAGGCACCGCCCAAUCCAACGCCGGCAAUGAAUUUUUUGCAACAGCAACAGCAGCAGCCACAGAUGGCCUCGCAAUCCUCCAUGUUCGGUAAUACUGGCGGUUUUACGGGCAUGGCUCCAGGUGGUUUUAUGGGUGCUGGGGUGCCUGCAGCUGCUCAGCAACACCAAUUUAUGACGCCGCCAAAUUCAGCAAGCAUGUACAAUGCUCCCGUCAUGACCGCUCCAGCGGCUUUUAGUGCCCCUGGCAUGUCCGGUUUGCACAUAGGUGUUUCGAACACAGGCUUUGCCCAAUUUCCUAUGCAAUCAGGCUUUCCACAAAACCAAAAUGUGGGUGGCAUUAUGGCUACAGGUGGUCAAGCUGCAAACCUUAUGCAUACAAAUCAAAGUCUAAUGUCCAGCUUAGCUGGCAGCAAUGGACAGCACCCCAUGUUGUUCCCCGGCAUGCAACCCUCAGCGGCUAUGUCCACACAACCAACAUACAAUCAAGGUUUAAUGGGAGCUUUUCCUACAGCUUCUAUGAUGGUGCCCCAAAAUAAUGCUCCCACAGCGGCAUCCACCAACGCUAGUAGUCUACAACAGCAAUUUGGUAAUCUUAAUAUUGGCAAUGUAUGGCAAUAGACGACAUUCAUAAACGGCAAAACAACCGCAACGACUUUCAACUUGCCGUAACACUAUUGAAACGAAAAUUCCCAAUUCCCCACCACCACCCUAAGUUCCCCGUAAAGUAUUUGACUUAAGUUUGCUGAAUUGUACGUGUUUUGUUUUUAAAUGAAUGAAGAUGUACACACGUCAGGGUUCUGUAUAAUGUAGUAGAAGUAUUUGUUUAUUAUAAUAAUUAUAUAUUUUUUUUUUUGAACGUAACGUUUAUAUACAUACAUAUUAUAUAUAUUUAGAUAUGCAAACAGAAACUUUCCUUCCCCAACCUUUUCCUUCUCUCUCUCUUUCACUCUCAGUCUCUAAAAUUAAGAAAUCUGUAAAGGUUUGAAAUCACUUAAUAAAAAUUAAGGAUAUUUUUAGCUUA